AUGUCAACACAAGUACUUAACAAGUAGUCUGGCGUUAGUGCUUUCAGCAGAUUAGUCGUAUAGUUUCUCGGGUCAGUGUUAGUUACAAGUUAGAUGUACAAUAUUUUUCUGUUUUCAUUUUAAACACGCAGGUAAUAAGUUGUGGAGGAAUUGAAGAACGCACACUGUCAAAGGAGAAAUAUGUCUGCUGCAAGAUGAAAAUAAGGAGCCACUCCCCACACCCCUCUGAGUGAUAUCUGGUUAAAAAGAACACAAUGGUGCUCUAGGAGGAGAUUCAGAAAGGGCCUCCAGGAGGCCUUGUGCUGCUACACCGCAGACACCCUCAUCGACAUCGACACAGUGAAAGAAUUCUGUGAGAAGAGUUCUAAAUGGAUACUAAAGAGGGAGAAAGAGUUGUUUAUGAUGAAGGACAUCAAAACCAGAGCUGAUAACAUUGACCUCAGCAUUGGCCAUGUUACCCAGUCACAGACCAGAGGUAAAGCCUUUCUGCAAUAUAUGAAGAGCAAGGUAACCCAGGUGACUGCAGACAGCAGGCGAGCAGAUCUGGAGGAGGAGCUGGCUGCUCUGCUGAAGUCCACUCUGAAAGGCCUGGAAGAGCUCGACUGCUUCUUGGCUGCGGUGGAGAAUCUGGCGGUCACCUCACUUCCUUUGUUCAUGGAAGAGAACCAGGUGUUACAUCUGCCUGAAGGGAUCAGCCCUGUAACGGUUCAGCUUGUCAUCAUUGCUGCACGGAUGAUCUGCCCUCACCUCCUCGAGUUUAAAAGAGUUGCAGACGCCUUCUUCUGCCUCAAACUUCAGAAUGUGGAAGUGCUGGCAUAUCAGCUGGACAAAUACAUAAGGACCACCGAGAACAUCUGUGAGAAGUUAGAGAAAAGCUCCUUCUGUGACUUUUCACUGAAGAUGAACGACGAUACACUGGUAGACCUCGCUGUGGAUUUGUCUGAAGACGACACGCAAAGGAUGCUUCAUCACAUUAAUCAGCUCGAGGAACUCAGGAUGAACCAGAGCUUCCGGAUGAUGUUCUUGUUUCAGGAGGACGAACCCUGCUCUAGCUUCAUCGAUAAGUUUAAAGAGCGACAGCAGAGGAUGGAACAGUCUCUCAAGGACCUGGAGGAGCAUGCUGUUCAGUUAGACAGGAUGAAUAAGGGAGCAAAGAUCUCCAGUGUGGCAGGCAGCUCAGUGGGGGCAGUAGGAGGUGUGCUCUCCAUCGUUGGGUUGGCUUUAAUUCCUGUAACAGCUGGAGUGUCUUUGGCUCUAACAAUGACCGGGGUAGGCAUGGGAAUUACAAGCGGAGUCAACAGCGCUGUCACCACCGUCACAGAGAUUGGAGUAAACCAUACAUAUCAAAAGAAAGCCAGAGAAGUCUUCGAGAGCUUCAUGGAGGAUGUGCAGUGUCUCCAGGAGUGUCUGGAGGAGGUCACAGAAAGAGAAACAAUCCACAUAGAUGUUCUCGGGGUCGGCAAGGUGUUUGCUAAAGCUGGUGUUAUUGGAAAAGGUAUUGACUCAUUAGUUGAUGCAGCCUCUGCUUUCAAGCUGUUAAAAAGUGAAGAGCUGGCUAUGAGUGCUGAUAAAGUGGCAUUGCAGGAAGGGAAAGCUUUACUUAGCGUUCCCAGGGUGGCGGAAGAUAUCCCAGAUAUCGGUCAGGCAGCAGUCAAAGGGCCUCUUGCCUUCUCCAAGUCAGCUAGGGCCGGUCUCAUUGGGCUCAAUGCUCUGUUCCUCGGCAUGGAUAUAUUCUUCAUCUGUAAAGAUAGCAUCAGUCUGGCCAAAGGAAGCGAAACUGAGGUCUCACAGUUUAUCAGAGCCAGAGCAGCACUUUGGAGAUCAGAGGUGGACUCAUGGCAGAAGAUCCAUGACUUACUCUGCGAAGGUUUGAAGAUAUCUGAAGAAAACAAGGCUAUCCUGGAGACACCAAUUUUUCCAGAGAGGAAGAUGAAGAAGCGCUAAGCAACUUAAAUAGACGGCAACUGACAGCUAAAUGGAGACAAUAACUGUAUUUUUUCUUUGUUGCCAAAUCUGAUAUAACCACAUAAUGAGAUUGAUUUAAACUGCGUACACAUAACUGUUCAUCACAUAUACUGUAUCUUUGAGAAGUUCCUCAUUCUAAGAAGUGAUUUUUCU